CGCUCCGCAGCCUUCGCCCCGCGAGUGCCCCCUGCUGCCGCUGCCAUGGUCUCGGCUCCGCGCUGCCCGCCCGGCGCCCGGGGGCUCCUGGCGCUGCUGCUGCUGCUGCCCCUGCCCGGGGCUCGCGGCCAGUGUGGUUCUCCUCCAAGGCUCAGUUUUGCUGAGGUAACCAGGAGAACGUGGAGUCGCUAUCCUGUUGGAUUCGGUCUGAGCUACUCCUGUCGCCCAGGAUACACUCUGGCCUCUGGAAAGUCUCCUGUCGUUAUAUGUGAUGCAGAUUCAACAUGGUCAGUAGACCCUGAGUUUUGUGUAGGAAAACCAUGUAAACCACUAGAACUAAAAAAUGGCAGAGUUGAUUUAACCAAUUUCCGGUUUGGUGAAACAGCAAACUUCUCCUGUAGUGAAGGUUACAAAUUAAUUGGACCGACUUCUGCCCAAUGUGUGCUUGAGGGAAAUGGAGUUGAUUGGAAUAAGGAGGUUCCACUUUGCAAAGCAAUAUCUUGUCGUCCACCUCCUGAUAUCACCCAUGGAUCCCAUAAUGCUCUGAUUGGAGAAGAAUUUUUCGUUGGCUUAAAAGUAACUUACAAAUGUGACCCGGGCUUCUCUCUUAUUGGAGAGGCCUCCAUUCAUUGUACAACGAAAGAUAAUGUCAAUGGAGAGUGGAGUGGUCCUGCCCCUGCAUGCAAAGUUGGGUGUCUGAAGGCAGAGGUGCAAAAUGGAAACCUGCUCAAUGCAUUGGAUGAAAAAAUGUGGUACAGUGUGAAUGAAACCAUUCCUUUCAAAUGCUCUCCUGGGUACCAGGUUUCAAGCCAUUCCCACCUGCCUGCAACAGACAGAUUUAGUAUUACUUGUUUAGCAGAUGGCAGCUGGACAGCAUUACCGAAGUGUAACAAGCAAAGCACUUCUGAUGUGUGUGAGAUGGUUCCUGAGAGCAGAGAAUUCAAAGAGUGUGGUGUGCCUCUGGAGACACUGAGAACUCUGCUGGAAGUGCAGAAACUGUAUCUGGAGAUUGAGAAACUGAAGCAGGAGCUAAAGUCACAAUGAAUAGCUGAGACCUGUGAUCCGUAUUGUGAUAAACUGUCUCCCCUUUGGAUGCAGUUUAUAUAAUUACACUACACAAAGGAUAAUUUUUACUGAUUUUAUAGAUCUUGCUAAUAUAGCUAGUAACUCACAAUAGGCAGUAAAUCAGGGAUCAGAUUUCCUUCCUGGGUGCUGUUUUUAGGAUUUUUUUUUUAUGUUCUUUCCCCUUGAAUUUCACAAAUUUUGAGUUUCCACUUGAUGAUAAACUAGGGAUUUCAGGUCCUUGUACAGGUUUUAGGGGUUAUAGUGAAGGAUUAAGUUGAGAUUUGGUUUUACUUGGGUAAAUUAACCAAGUAGCAUGGAAGCAAAUUAUCAGUUGUUACAAGCUUUAGAUCCUAUGCAAAAGGAAACUCAAGACUAACUUCAGCUUUGUAGACAUCCCACAAUUUCUGCUUACAUUUAACUUUAAUGCACCAAAACGUGCACAUUCAAAGUGGUGAAUGGGUAUUUAAAUGCCCGAUUUCCACACACCUUAAGAGCAGUGAUGUUAAUCAAUUCCUUCACCACUCUAAAAAUGCCACACGUACAUUAGGAGUAGAUGAGAAGCAACCGUCUGAGCCAUUUCCCCAAUAAACAAUAGGGGUGUUCUCUAACCUACAUCUUUGUGAUCAAGUAAUUAUUCCUGCCCUGCAGGGCUACAAUAAAAUGCAAUUGUAAUAAC